AAGUAUGCAUGUGCACAUGUACAAAUACUGAGAGAAGCUUCAAAUCCCCCCCUUUCUGGCACUCCACACCCACACAACUGCUUGAGAGAAACUGCAGCGGAGUCUUAUGAGUUUGUUUGCGAACAGAGUGUGAUUAGAAGACUCAAGGCAGAGAGAAGGACAGAGAGCUGAGUGAAAGAUUAUAUAUAUGACAUGGCAUCGACACUCAGGAAUCUGACUGACAAUGAAAGCCACUGGCAGAAAUCCUUUGAGGUUUUUCUGGAGUGCUCUUCUGAGCAUCAAGCCACGUACGACUUCAUCCACAAGAUCCUCCCAGACCUCCUGUCCAGCACUGCAGAGGGAAAAUCUCAUAUCAGUGUCAUUGGAGUAGGAAGUGGUGCAGGUGAAGUUGACCUGGAGCUGCUCUCUGCAAUCCAUCAGAAGUAUCCAUGGUUGACACUGGACAACGAGGUGGUGGAGCCGAACAGCCAGCUACUACACAAGUACAGAGCUUUGGUGUCACAGAGACCAGAUUUAGAUUACAUCAAGUUUUCCUGGAACAUGAUGACUGCCUCUGAGUUUGAGGAGAGCUGGAAAGUGAAAAAAAUAACCAAGAAGGUUGACUUCAUCCAUAUGAUCCAGGUGCUGUACUAUAUGGAGGACCUUGAAUCAACAAUCACCUUCUACCAGAGUCUCCUUAAAAAUAAUGGCAAGAUCCUUUUCAUUCUUGUCUCUAGUGAGAGUGGUUGGGCAAGGCUGGGGAAGACCUACAAGGACCAGCUGCCUAACAGUGGGACCAGUUGGUGGGUGACCACAGAAGACGUCAAAAGGUUCUUGGACUCCAGAGAAGUGACCUACCAGAGCUAUGAGCUGCUGUCUCAAAUGGAUAUCACUGAGUGUUUCUCUGAGGGGUCCGAGAAAGGAGAGCUGCUGCUUGAUUUUCUAACUGGAGUGCUGGACUUCAGUAAGACAGCCUCAUCUGAGCUCAGAUCCAGCGUCUUAGCUUUUCUGCGGCACCCAGACUGCAGCACUGAGUCUGAUGGCAGAAUUAUCUUCAACAACAACUUGGGAGUGCUCAUUGCUGACCCCCUUCCCCUCUCAAAAUGCUGAGGCAUUUUCAAAUUGAGUAAAAUUUCAUAUUUUGAGUAAAGAGAAAUGAUGUGUUUUGAUUUUAAACACUGAUUGUUGAGAAAAAUGUGACUAAUAUUUAGGGUCUGUUCCUUUCGCUGACCAAGCCAAUGUUUCCAUAUCUGGAGUUGGUCCAGGGGCACCAGACUGUAGAUGCCCACUGAUCCUAGUGGUUGGUUUGUCUGUAAUUGGGAUGGAGAUGACAAAUUUCAUUGACUAAUGGCCAUAUUAUUAUAGUUUAGAAAAGUGAGAAUACACUGCAGAUCUGCUAUACUUGAGUCUAAAAUCAGCAUUUGGUUUAUCUUAAAUAUUUCUUAAUUCAUAUCAAUAUUUUCAUUAAUGUAUCAUAGUCCAGUUUUGGAUUGGACAAAUAAGAGCGCAGAGAGUCAAAAUAAAUGGCAGUUUACUGGCGGUGUCGCAGACGGAACGGUCCCCCGAUGACGCAGUUCAGAUUAUCACCUCGUUUCUGCUUCAGACUGCACACCAGUCAUCUAUCUCAGCGACAGAUCUGAAGCUUUUGUACAACAAUGAUUUCCACACAGAUUCAGCAUUUCAUCAUAAAAGGA